AUGCAAACUAUUAAAUGUGUUGUUGUGGGCGAUGGUGCUGUUGGUAAAACUUGUCUACUGAUUUCUUACACAACAAAUAAAUUUCCGUCUGAAUAUGUUCCAACAGUAUUUGAUAAUUAUGCCGUAACUGUUAUGAUUGGUGGGGAGCCGUAUACGCUAGGACUUUUUGAUACGGCUGGACAAGAGGAUUAUGAUAGACUUCGUCCAUUAUCUUAUCCCCAGACAGACGUUUUCUUAGUUUGCUUCUCAGUUAUAACACCAGCAUCUUUUGAAAAUAUUAAAGAAAAAUGGGUACCAGAGAUUACUCAUCAUUGUGCUCGAACACCUUUUCUUUUAGUUGGUACACAAGUGGAUCUUCGUGAUGAUCCAAAUGUAUUAGAAAAAUUGGCUAAAAAUAAACAAAAACCAAUUUCUGCUGAAAUGGGAGAAAAACUUGCUAAAGAAUUGAGGGCUGUUAAGUAUGUUGAAUGUUCAGCUUUAACACAGAAAGGAUUAAAAAAUGUCUUUGAUGAAUCAAUUAUUGCAGCUUUAGAACCACCAGCUCCUUUAAAGAAAAAAAGAUGUAGUAUUCUUUAA